CAGCAACAAGAAGAAAGCAUAUCUGAUAUGCAAACAUUGCAACAUAAUUGGGUUUUUUUCUGACGAAUAGGAUCACAUUACUGCACAUGCGAAUACAUGGUAUUGGAAAAUCAAAGACUAACUGACUGACUGACUGGUCUUGGAUGGCAUCCAUAAAAUCUAACUGUUAAGCAAGGUUCUUCGGGAACAUCAACAAUAAUAGCAGUGUGCGCAACUAUAAACCAAACGCAACAACGCAACAACAUUAACAACCGCAUCAACGUCAUCAUCGCUAUCACCGUCAUUAAUAUUAAUAUAUAGCAGCAGCAGCAGCCGCGACAGCACACAGAAACAACAAUUCCAUUUAUUGAAGGAAGAACAAAUGGCAAAAAUAAUGGCUAGCAGCUGCAAAUAUAAACCUUUUGCAAAACAAAGAUGCAACAGGUUUGCCGGGUUUCAGCCUAAACAACCACAACAUCAACAACAUAUAAUAUUCGUUAUUAUGUUAUUGGCCGUCUUGAUUUUACCUUAUCAUUUUUCAUUAGCUGAAGAAACAACAACAUUAACAACGGCAUUCAGUACUUCUUCUUCGUUUGAAGAGUGUACUACGACAAAUGUAGUCGAUCUCACCACCAUUCAAACGAAUAACGAUGACAUACACAUGAUCAGAUCAAAGCAAGAGCAACAACCAAAAGCGAAUGCCACAAACACAAUUAAUAACGAAACGCAUAUCGAGGGACAAGUCAAAAUUGAAACGGAAGAGCAUGCGAUCAAUAAAGAAAACUCUGUAAAUGAGAUAACGUUGGUGUUAAAUGGAGAUUUUGCCGAUACGCGAACCAUUAGUGGAAACGAACCUACCUACGAAGAUCAGGCGGUGAAUGCAAUGCCACCACAUGUUGAAGAAAAUUAUUCCGAGAAUAUAAAUCAAACAUCGGAGGAGAAUGCCGAUGAUGUUGAUAAUGAUAUUUUUAGUAUAUUGGAAGAACGGCCAGGAAAUAAGAAAUCAUCAGAUUUUAAUAACACACAUAUGGAGACAUUUGCAAGUUUCACCGAAAACUUGGAAGAGUCUAUAAGAAAUUCCGUAAAAAAUGAAAUUGAAAUGGAGCAACACUUGGAGCCAUCGCCUGUUUUGGAAAUAUUAAAAGAUAUACCCGAACCAGAAAUACGAGAGAUUUUAAAAGAGGACUUGCGGAUAGAUCCCAAAAUCUUAGAUGAAAAUACCGUUAAAUGGCGUAGAGAGAAAAAUCGAAGUUUUGAAACCGAAUCAGAUCAUAACCGAAUACCACAGCCACAGCCAGCAAUAAAGAAUAUUUUAACGCAGGAGCUAUCUUCACAAAUGGAAAAAGAAUCUCUUAAAGCCCUUGAAAAUGCCAGAGAGAUUCGAAAUCCAAAUCUAGAGCAAGAUCAUCAACUCGGACAACGCGUCAAACAAAUGAAUAUCAGGCAAAACACUGCAGAGCUUAACUUAUUGGAUGAAGUAAGAAAGAAUCGCGAUGAUGAUGAUGAUGAUGCAAGCAGCACUGAACAAAGUAAAAAUAAUGACAUAAAACCCUAUAAAGAAGAAAUUGACGAAGAAGUAGAGGGUUCAGGUUUAAAGUCAGAUAUUUACUUGCAAAUCGCCGAGAAUAGCAGUGAAAUUAGAUUGGAUAAAACUACUCAUAUCACGGAUAUGGUUGAGUUGGAGCAUUUAGAGGCAAAAAAAUCGAGCUCAGAGGAAAAUGACUCCCUCUCUGUAGUGUUAGAGGAAUCUUUAACGUCGUCCUUGCCUGAACCAGAUGAGCAACAAAAUCUUUUAAAUUUAGAGCGAGAAGAAGCGGCUUCAGCUGCUCAGCAAGAACUGGAAGAGGCAACAACAUUAACAACAGAGCAAACGGAACAUAUUGUUAUUAAGAAAGUUUUAGAUAUGAAAGAUAUCUUAGAAAUGCAGCCACAAAUCGCUGAGACAACAUUACCUCUUGAGGAGAAAGAAGAAUAUGGAAAUUAUGCCAAUUAUUCAGAUGAACCAAACGAUCUUGAAUUUGUAACGGGAAAAAUCAAAGCACAAGAAAGUGUAGAGAAAAAAUCACAAGAAGAAGAAGAAGAAGAACAAGAAGAAGUUCAAAAAAAUAUCAAUGAAGUCGAAUGGGGAUCCGGUGUUGGUGAAGAUUCGUACAAUAAAUUUGCAUCAUGGCCAGAGGAAGACGAUAGCAUCAAUGAGAAAAAACUGAAAAAUAUUGAUUUUACCGAUCGUUCGCAAAACAAUUUAGAAAUUAAUUCAGAUAAUCAGUCACAUUUGCUGAGUACAGAGAAACUUGAAACUCAUAAAAGCAAUGAUACCGAUGAUCAAAUACCGAUAUGGCCGCCAACUAGUGACGUAUUAAAUUCUAAUGAGAAAGAGAUUUCGGAAGCUGAGGAGAUAACAGUAAUAAUCCCCUCCGAAUAUGAUGAAAAUGAAAAAGAACAUCAAACUUUAACUGAAACUCAAAGCUAUUUGAAAUCAGACGAACCGGAAAAUCGUUCUCAGGAUGAAAGUUCUCAACUCGAUGAAGAUAACAAAAAAGUAAAUUCGUUACAAGAUGAGCAUAAACGAGUCGAAAAUGUGUUUAAUAUAAAGCAGGAAGAAGAUGAGAAAGACAAAUUUUGGUUAUCCACUACAGAAUAUUUGAGUCGACAUUCUACUGAAAAUGCUUUAAUUAUUAGUACACACAUGGCCAUAACACCUUUGGGUGUAGAUCUAUUCACUCACGAUAUUCGCAGUACAACCGAAAAUAGUUUAGAUAUUGAAUAUUCGUCAAGGACUGCCAAAGGUUCACGAUCGAUAAACACGGCGAUUAAUCAACGCACUGCCACUUUAUUUGAAACUUAUCCACCACGUGAUGCUGGCCAGACAUUUAAUAAUAAUUUAGCGGCUGAAACAUCAUCUGGUAUUGGUAAAGCUUUACCGGUUAGUAUAAAUGACGGUACUAGUCGAUCGACAGUUAUAAUCAUUUUAAGUUCGGGUACCGCCUUUCUAUUCAUCAUUGUUUCGGUGACAAUAUUUUUAAUCUCAUUUCAACGACAACACGGCACUCUUGAUAUUGAAAUGCAAGAACGCAAUUGCGGUAAAGAUAAUCUUGAUGAAGAGGAUGCUGAAACUUUUACGAAAUUAUUGGAAAUCGAAUUACCAUCGCAGGUCGCUGUCGCUUUAGAAGAAACCGAAGAAUGUUUGUAGUCAUUGAGUAUAAUAUAUAUAAAUACAAAAAAAAAAAAAAAAAAAAAAAAAA